AUGUGGACUGGCAUAUCCUCUUCGUGGGUUGCGGAUUCUCGGUGCGAGGGCGAAGCUUUUGGGCGCGUGGUCAACGACGUGGAAUUGGGCACGCGCGUCCGAGCGCCGCCUGUGCGCGAGUGCUGGGGCGACAUCGCCCGACGGAGAAAGGCGGCGCGCUGGCGCUGGGAGAAGAAGGGACACAUCAACCUGCUGGAGAUGCGCGCCGGAGUGGCAGCGGCGAGGCAUUCAGCUCGCAAUCGGGCGAGCUGGGGGAAGAGGCACUUGCGGAUCACGGACUCGAUGGUCUGCCUUGGCGGCUUCAGCAAGGGCAGGUCCUCGAGUCGUCCGAUCCUGAUCCUCUGCCGCGGGAUGGCUGCCCUCGACCUCGGCCGCGGCGCGCGCGAGUGCUGGCGCCGGGCGCCUUCCGAUCGCAACCGCAGCGAUGGUCCGAGCUGGGGCCCCCCUAUUGGCCAGGCCCCGAAGGAGCGGGAGACGGACCAGCAGGUGAUGCCAGAGGAGGUGGCGUUGAAGAUCGAGGCGCUGGCCGACGUCGCGGAGUUGGAUCCCUUCCAGCCGCUCAGGACGGGGGCCUCGGUUCCGGUGAAGGGUCGCGCCGCCGCGGGGCCACCUGCUGCUCUGCGCCGGAAGUUCGACCUAACAGACGUGGUCAACGUGGGGGGGCUGGAGCUGCUGGCGGAGAUGGAGACAGACGGGGGGCCCAUGUCGGUCGAGCGCCCCGCCGACCCCGGCUGCGCGCCCUCUCCGCCGAUCUAUAUCGCGAAGGAGCUGAUGGACUGGGAGGCCGAGGUUGCAGCCUGCCGGGUGACCUUCCCGCAGUGCAUGCGGGGCUGCCCCGCGCUCAAGAUGACGGCGCCCACGGGGGCGGCCUGCGCGACGCAGCGGUUCGAGCGCCCAUGCGAGCACUUGCGGCGCGGCGCGAGCCUCUGUGGGAAGGAUGCCAGUGGCCGUUUUCGGGCGAGAGCGUCGCAGGCCCACCCGUCGGAGUUCUGCCGCAUGCUGGCGGAGUGCCGCGCGGAUGCGACGCUGGCCACGCAGGAGAGACGGGAGGCCGACCUGGCCGAGAGGGCGCUGGAGCAGCUGAUUUCGGAGACUCUGGACCGCCGGCGUCGGGGCCUGUCUUCGCUAGUGGCGCUGCCGACGUCGUUCUUCGUGGCUGCCGCGCGAUCAAGUCAGCCCCCCCUCGGGCCGAUGGAGCCCUCGCAGAGGGCUCGGGCACGUGCGGAAGAAGUUCGGGGUCAGAUGCUGGCAGGGGGCGAGUAUUGCCUCUUCGUUGGGCGCGUGUCUCGGGGGCCGCAGGCCCCCUCGGCCUGCGCCCGCGUCCGCCGAUCGUGGCGGUGCGAGGCCGGCCGCGCCAGGGGGGCCUGGGCGCUGCGCUGCGUGCUCGGUCUGGCGGGCGCCCGCGAUCUGGACGGCGCCGCCAAUGCAGGUCUCGCAUUGCCCCCGUUCUCGGUCUCCACCGCGACGGCGCUGAGUUGCUACAUGCACAAUGCACGGCGUUUCCUGGGCCUUGCCCUGGAGCGGCACCUGCCGAUGAUGAGCCGUGAGGAGAUUGACGUCUCGGUCCUUUGCUACCUGGACUGCCUGGAGGAGGACGAGGAGGUGGGUCCGCAUGUCCGCAUCGGGGUGACUAUGUGGUGCACGGUCUCGCCUUCGCGUGGCCAGAGCUGCCCGCGGGACUGCCGAGGUCAAAUCGAGCCCUACGCGCCUGGCGUCGACUACGCGCGGCAGGAGAAGGUGGCCCUCGACCCCUACCAUAGGUCCGCGGAGCCGCUCGGCCCGCGAGCCGCGGACGUCGCGGUCGACGUCGACGCGGCCGGCGAGCAGGUCGCGGCCCUUCGGCGCGGAGCGCCCAAGCGCGGCGAGCGGACGAAGACCGGCACGAGGCAGGGCGCGCCGAUUGUUCACGCGCACGCGGCCGGCAUGCUCGCGCGGCGGGCCUGCGACGACGUCGGCGUCGAGCGCUUCCCACCGCACGCUGCCAGGCACUCGGGGCCGAGCCAUGAUGCGGCGACCGGCCACAGGGCGGCGCGGGCCAUUCAGCGGCGCGGGCGAUGGGCGAGUGAGAUGAGCGUGCUCAGGCACAUGAAGACGUACGCCAUGGUGGCUGCUUGCGCCGCACCCCCGUCCGACGCGAUCGAGCGGGGCGCCAGCUUGACGAUGAAGAAGGGCGCCCGCGCGCUGACG